AAUUAAAAUGGCGCUUCAGGAAGAAUUCUACAAUAGUCCACAGUAUAUUGAAACGGCAUCAGGAAAUAAAGUUAGCAGACAGUCGGUUUUGUGUGGGAGCCAGAACAUUGUCAUAAAUGGAAAGACUAUUGUAAUGACUGGAUGUGUCAUUAGAGGAGACUUGGCUAAUGUGAGAAUAGGGAGACAUUGUAUUAUCAGUAAAAAUGCUGUAAUACGACCAGCUUUUAAAAAAAAUUCAAAAGGUGUGGCAUUUUUUCCUCUUCAUAUUGGUGACCAUGUAUUAAUUGAAGAGGAUUCUAUAGUCAAUGCUGCUCAAGUAGGAUCAUUUGUACACAUAGGAAAAAACUGUGUCAUUGGUCGAAGAUCACUACUCAAAGAUAACACAGUUGUACCUCCUGAAACAGUUGUUCCGCCUUUCACACUCUACUCCGGAUCACCAGGGAAAAUGACAGUUGAUCUACCUGACUGUACACAGGAUUUAAUGAUAGACAUUACAGUCAAUUACUACCAACACUUCAAGCCCCAUGGAAAAGCAAAAUGAAAACAUUAAUUUAUUAACAUCUAUCAAUUUCUCCUAUUUAUGUAUUUUAUGUUUAAUGCUGACCUAGAUCAUUAUUUAUCCUGGUUUAAACUAUGCUAAGUUGCUUUACAAUUUAUUAUUUCUUCCAAAAUAAAAUGUAAAAAUUCAGCUAAGAUAUUGUUCUUAUAGCUUUUUAGUCCAUAUAAUUUACGAGGUUUCAUUUGUUUGUAUGGUAACUGAAUUUUUGCUCAGUUCAUCUCUAGGGUGUCCUUUUAUAAACCAGAUUCAUCAGAAGUAGGUUUGUCACAUUGUGUUAUACAGAGACACUCAGUGGUAGAUACUGAGAGGUUGUGGUUACAAGGUUUUUACAAGGCUUAGUUUUGUUCCUAUCCUCUUCUGGUUAAUGCUAUUGUGCUGUGAAAAUAAAUUGUCUGAAAUAAAAAUUAGUGACAUAGCCA